AUGCUACUUCAGACCUUGUUUCGUUCCGUGCACACGAUACGGACGACGCUCUCCUUUGCCAGCUGGACGCUCCUUCGCGUCGUAUUUUUAUUAUCAAUACUGUUUAUUUACUUUUGGUCUUCACUCUUUAUUUACCUACUUUUCUACUAUCUCUACAUUCCGCCGGUAUCUCACGUUCAACCCAUCCAUCUUCAGUUCCAUUCCGACUGUCACAAUGACGGACCUGUCUGCUCAUUCCCUCAAGCAACUGUCCGUCUAAGAGAAAACCAGGUUCUUUCUGCUGGUCAGGAGUACAGAGUGUCUGUCAGUCUUGAAUUACCGGAAUCAGACGUGAACAGACGUCUAGGAAUGUUUAUGGUUAAUUUGUCGUUUAUUUCGGCUAAUAGCGACGUGUUAGCAUCGUCGGGUAGACAUUUUUUAUUACGCUAUCAGUCUCGCCUAGUUCGCUACAUGACCAUCCUGUUCUACUGGCUGCCUCUAGUUCUUCGAUUCAGUGAGGAGAAGCAAUUAUUGAAAGCGGAAAUUUGUGAAGCCUAUGCGGACAGCAGUAACAAUCCAGCUGAGUAUGCUCUGGUCACUGUUUUAUCGCGAACCAUUGAAAUCUACUCUGCCGAGAUUCGGUUCGAUGCGUCCUUUUCUGGUCUUCGGUAUCUAAUGUACUACUGGCCCAUCACAACUGCUCUCUAUGUUGUGAGCAACUUGAUUUUUAUAAAACUUGUAACAACAUUGCUUGUUUGGUAUCUCUGCUCGUUGGCAAGUGAUGAUACAGAAGCAUUAGAUGAACUCGAUAAUGACAACGAUGAUGAUGUAGAUGCUCAACGGCAUCAUCCACAUCGACCUUUGGAUGGCCACGUGACAGCAGUAGAAAAUCUUCAUCCGAUUGGUCAGAAUAAUGUUACUGUGCAUCAUCAGCGACCGUAUUUUAAUUUGGGUGACGGAGACGGCGGCAUUCCUCGAGAUGGUAGUCCUUUGGGUUCCCCACAUGAGGUGUUUACCGGUUCUAUAUCAGGAUCUCCGCAGAUGCACAGAGCCAGCUCUAGCGCUAGUCUAAAUCAAUUGCUAGCGGCUCAAGCGGCUCGUGACAGCUCUGAGCCUCCGAUGCCGAGAUCACAGUCGUCGUCCAGUCUUUUACACUCACGCAGCUACAAUAGAGGUGUUCACUUGUUAUGUGAUGAGAACGGCAGUGGUUUGGUACUGCGACCGAGUCAUGGUCUGCAGGGCAACAGAGGACAAGACGACAACACCGAUGGCUCAAGAAAUGUGGCAAUGGAGGCAUCUACUGGAGUUUUAAGACAUCGUGCUCACAUUAGUGAAUCCACGUGAUAACUUCAAUGGUGGCAGAUGAAAUUUUUAUUAUAUGAAAAAAUGUUGUUAUUGGUUGAUCGUGUUUGUAUCUGUAUCGAUCAAAGAUACCAGUUUGGGCAUUAUGUGGGAGUCAGAAUUUUAAUUAACGUAAUUAAUUAAUUAAUUAAUUAAUGUAAUGAAGUUAAUCAACUGCCAGUCAGAUUUAUGGAUCAAUAGGUUUAAUACCAUAAUGUAAUUUCUAGUGGAUAAAUUAUGAACUCGUGCAGAAAUGUAAGUAGACUGACUAGAUGUACAGUGUACUCACGAUGAAUUUUUUAUAUUACCUGAUUACCGAUUUAAUUAGGCAAAUUAUAUUGAUUACAGUUGAGUAGGUAGAUGUUGCAUUGUUUGACUGUAUUGCAGCCACCUGUAUUGGUGCCAUAUAUUGUAA